UAUCUCUCUCUCUCUCUGUCCCUCUUUCUUUAUCUCUCUUUCUCGAGAACAAAGGAAAAGAAGCACUAGAAACUGGUAUAAAGAGGGAACAGUGGUUGUGAUGUGCGAAAGUAAACUAUGGAGCUAUUAAUAUGAAAAACAGGAAUAAUUGUCCUCACAUGUCUGUGUGCACUUUCUUUUCUUUUGAGCGAGGAGUCCACAGGUGUCGGUGUCCGGGGCUGCCAGUCUGACUCUAUAGACCUGCCAAUGAUGCCUCCUGAAGAGACUUCUCUCUCAGCAGCUCCUAGUUACCGCGGAGGCUCCUCCUCUUUAGAGUCGAUCAUCUACAUAUUUCUAAAAGCCAGUGCGUAGACAGAAGCCUCCGUCGUCUCUCCUCCUCCUCCAACCUAUGUCUCUUCCUCCUCAUACCUGUCUGUCGUCACAUGACACCGGGAAGACCAACAUACCGCUCACUGCAUCUCCCACUGGAAAUACUGCUGGAUACAGUGUAGUUCAAGGUAACAACUCAGGUAAUGAAUCUUUUUUUGUUAUGACGGAUGAGUCAAUCCCACUAAUUACACAAUAACUCUGUACAUGUUUGUUUAAAAAAUAGCUUGAUUUGUGAAGAACAACACAAAAAAACUCAAUAAAUUCAGUAAUAAAGGUAUAUACAAUAUCCCUAUUGUUAUACAAGUAGUGAUGUAGAGAAAAUAUUAAAGUAUACAUUGACAGCCUAUAAUAAAUGUAUGUCACUGGUGGUUGUGCUAACCCGCCCUAAUGAAACCCGUUCUCAGAUGUUUAGGUACAAACUUGCAACAAAUGGUUAACGUGGAGAUAAGAGCAGGUCACAAUGAUUAACUGGAGCCUGAAUAGGUCACUGGUGUCCAUUGUGCCCGAUGGCUCAGUGUUGCCAUAUCAAACAGUGGUGUCCUGUAAACACUCCGCCACCGCGAGGAGCAGCAACAUCACUUGUUUUCCUUGACGAGUAUUGCAGGAUAGCAUUCGCUCUAAAAUAUGUAAUUCUGUAUGUUACUGUAACUAGUAGUUUUAAUCGACCAAUUUGUGGACUCUUACAGAUUUGAUUUUUUGUGAGGAAGACUGUCGGGAAGGAUGAACCGCUCGUGUGUGAACUACUUGAAAACUAUGGUGAUAAGUCUCAACUUCCUGUGCUGGCUGUGUGGCGCCUUUGUGGUGGCCUUAGGAGAGUUCCAGGUGAUUCACUCCAGGUUCGCCUCCCUCGUCACCACCUUCUGGCCCAUCUUCCCCGCCAACACCCUGGUGGUCACCGGCACCAUCGUUACCUGCGUGUGUUACCUGGGAGUGUUCGGAGGCAUGAAGGAGAACCGCUGCAUGCUCAUUAAUUUCUUCGUCCUGUUGUUCAUCCUGAUGCUGGUGGAGUUAGCCAUGGGCUGUGUGUUCCUGGUCUACAGCAGAGAGAUUGACACAUACUUUGAGAGAGACCUGAUGAGAAGCCUGGAGAUCUACAGACAGUCCGGUCCAGAAAGCAACACGACCAUUAAAGAUGACUUCGAUGCUGUCCAGCACCUGUUUAGGUGCUGUGGAGUUCAUGGUGUGGCAGACUGGAAGGGUAACAUCCCAAUCUCCUGUUGUAGGGAGGACCCCUGUAACACCCUAAUUCACACAAACUGGCAAGAGGGUUGUCUCGUGAAACUGAAGGACUGGUUUUCCAGAAACUAUCGUAGCACAGGCGCAGGCGUUGUCACGAUGUUUAUCCUACAGGUACGUACAUCUUAUUUUCCUCAUUGUGAGGCUCAAAGGGAUAAUUCAAUCCCUUGGCUCAGUUGUUACGAUGAACGAUGGGGCCAUUGUAUGGAAAACAAAAACAAAAAAAUGACCCUGCCUGGGGAGGGGGGUAAUGCUCAGAGAAAAAAACUAAUUUAAGUUGUAAAUUCAUGAGAAGAAAACGUGGCUAUUCUCUAAAUUUAAAGUGGUGAAUCUCCAACAAAAACUCAGUCAGGAGAAAAGAAUUUGGAUAUUCUCUGAGAUUAUAAACUCUCAACUUCACAAAGUCACCAAUGAAUUCUGACAUGUAUGGUAAAUGUAUUCAACAGCCCAGAUCAAGCUGACAGGGAGAUAGCGAUGGACUUGGCAAAAUUAUCUGUAUCUACAAAAUACAUAAUAUAUGGUAAUAAGAUUAAUUGGAUUAUAUUUGUAUUCAGUAUAAAACAUGUUACAUGUGUCCCUAAUAUAUAAAAUAAAGCUAAAUUGUGAGGGGAAAUGUCUAAAAAUAUAUAAAUAAUUCCUGACAAUGUGUUACAUUGUUACAUUUGAGAUGCACAAUCAGGCAUUUUCAGUCUUAAUGAAUUUCAGAUUGUUUUUCUUAGGAAUACUGCACCCUUCCCCAGGCUAAGUAAUUAUUAUACUGUAUAUAUAUAUUUACAGACAAUCUCCCUAAUAGGCUGUUUUGGUCUCCAGCAACUCCUGGGAAAUAUGUCUCUUUAGCUGCAAAAUGCUCCAUUGUGCACAUCAGCUAGUUUCUAACUGUGUCCGUCUGCUAUUUGAUCUAGGCAGGAAGUCUACAGAGGGUUCAUCGAAGCUUUUAAUUUUGUGUCUUUGAAAAUCAUUAUUUCAUAGAUGUUUAACUUUAUUUUGUUCUUGUUUUCUUUCUUUUCAGUUUAUUUGUCUGUCCAUCACCGUCCCUCUCUUUUGCCACUUCAGUCGAAAAGGACUGGGUUACCAGUGAACCAGGGCCAAUAAAACUGACUU